UCUUGUGACCAAAACUUAAACACAGGAAAAGCAGGAAAGUAACAGAUAUUUUAAUUUUAUACUUGAUCUACGAUUGAAUCAAGAUGGAUGCCGACGGAUUGCCCCUUGUAGGACCAGGAGUUGAUUUGACUAAGGUUGGUGCUAUACACUCCAAGCGAAUGCUAGCCUUCCUCAACCACUUUAUCAUACACACCACCAGGUUCCUCAACAAGUUCUCUUGCGUUUGUGAAACGAAAUUAUCAGAUAUUACGACUCGUAUCCAGAGGCUGGAAACCACAGUCAACAUAUUGGAAGCAAAGCUUGCAUCCAUCCCUGGCUUAGAGAAUGUCACCUUGGAGACUACCCCGCCUCCAGCUGCUCCUGAGCCAUCUAACCUCCCCGCCCUACCGUCAUCGGAACCUGCAGAUGGAUCCGGUAUACCAGCGAUUGAGGCCACACCAGAACCAGCGCCUGCCGUCAUGACCGUAUCUCAAGAUCCAAGAUAUAUUAAAUACUUCAAGAUGAUCAAUAUGGGUGUUCCUGUAGACGCCCUCAAGCAGAGGGUACUCCUGGACUGCUUGGAUCCUGCUUAUCUUGACACACCCAAUGCUCCUGCUCCGCCCGUCAACCAAGAAUCCGACUCAGAUGACUUCAGCAGCCAAGAUAACAGUUCUGAUGACGACUUCAGUGAUUAGAUAAAAAGGAGAUGUAGAUGGAGAGAUGGAGAGACAGAGGGGUAGAUAUUGAUGGGGAGAAGGAUGGAUGGAGACAGCGAGGGAGAAAACAAGAUAGUAACAUUGGAUAUUCUAUCAUCAAAGUUCAUCUGUUUUGGUAAUAUGGUCAUAUUCCAUGGGCACAUAUCUGUGGCGCAGGGUGCUCAAGAUGCUCCAAUGUUACCCCAGUGCUAGCUUGGCUAUGACUUUGUUCACAGCACUCAAAACAUAACUUUCUACCGGUACCCAUUCAACACCAUGGUGGAGAGUGACAAAUGUUUAGUGCUGUUUUGCCAAAGGACACUUAGUAAAGAAAUAGAAGGAGAAAGCAUGAUGGAGAGAGAGGAAUGACGAAAGACCUGGGAGUGUUUCACAAAGACUAAGAUCGACUUCAAUUUGGACUUAACUAUGGCGGGUCAUUUAUACCACUGUUUGCUAUCGCCAUUUACUUGCAUUGGUCUCUCAAGGGAUGUACAAAUCAUGGUCACAAAUCUACUGCAUUUACAUUUCUUAAUAAUUCGUUAAUAAAGGAAUUUUUUAAAAUCUAAAGAUCAUAAUUGAGAGACCAAUGGUGAGAGCAACCAGUGGCAUGAAUGGCCUGCCACAGUAAAGUCCAACUUAAAGUCGAUCUUAGUCUUUGUGAAACACCUCCAGAAGAUGACAUGAUGAUGAUCUUUGGUGCAUUCGUUUCAGUUUAUUUUUAAUGAUGAUCAAAAGCGGGGUCUUGAUGUAUUAUUUGACCACCUACUGAUGAGCACUAAAAUGAUAUUCUACAACUGCUGGAGUCUUUUGUAAUGCGCGUGGUCAUCAUAUUCUGUCUUCUGACCUAUCACCAUCUCAAGGGACUGCUGUGAUUAUCUUACAAUAAAUACCAUCCCUCUCCUACAUAUUUCAGAACAACCAAACGAUAUGUAUUGGUUAUGCUACUAGAUG